CGAGUUACAUGUUCUACUCUUGAGAUGGAUUGACUUUGAUUCCAUCAGCAAUCAAGCCAAAAACCUAGAGCUUUGCUGCUGUUUCGUUUUUUAUAAUAUUGCAAGGAAUGAAAACAAGGCAAAUCGAUUCAGUACUCCUGCGAGUUCUCUUUGGUUGGGUUAUUGUGGGGCAUGUUUCAGCGUUUUCGCAUGUCCGAAUAGGGCAUUUCUCGACAAAGAGGGACGUGCUAGCAAGCGAAGUAUCUAAACGGAGAAAAGCAGUAGAAUAUGCAGCCCGAAAAACACAUUUACUGGUGGUCAGCUUACCGGAUUCCUUGAUCGAAGAAGUCUCGACACAAGCGCUGCUCGAUAAGAUUAUAGAUGAAGGCAUCCGCACUAGUGCUCGCCGACCGAUAAUGUUUCAAUUUGAUCCUUCGAGCACAGCAAUUUGGAAACACUGGAAAGGUACUAUUUUUGCGGAAACGUGGCCGUCAGUAGUUAGGCACGUACUAUGGGCUGUACUGGUUUACUUUCUAUUUCGACGCAAUCCAGGCAGUGGACGUGUUUUAUCUGAUUUUAGUACACUCUGGGGUCAGACCCUGUCUGUCACAACUUUUACCUUGACUUUCUUUGUAAAUCAAAGCUAUACACUUUGGCGAACCUGCCUCUCAAUCAGCCGUACGCUGCAGGGACGGCUGAACGAUUUAGCCAUGGCACUUGCCGUUUCCGCUCGACGCGUGGAUCCGCAAUCGCCGGAAUCCGAAGAAGGAUCUCAAUUUACACCUUCCAGUCGACAAUUGCUGCUGGUAGUAGCCAGAUAUGUGCGACUUUUUAACAUAUUUUCUUAUGCCUCCUUCACACGAUCACAUCGGCCACUAUUGACACCCCGGGGUAUGCGACGCAUGGUAGAUCGUGGAUUACUCACAUCACGAGAACCUACACAACGACACAAUGCAGUUCUGAUGUGGAUCUUUCGAGCGAUUAUUGAUGGUCGGCGCGCCGGGCUUUUAGACGGAGGCCCGGGUUUUGAGCAGCAAGUAAUGAACAAAGUCCAGGAAAUCCGUGCUCAAGCCAACUCAAUGGAAAGUGAACUACGUGGACGUAUGCCUUUUGCGUACGCACAUGUGGUGCAAGUUCUGGUUGACUUAAUCCUAUGGAUGUACCCAAUCGGAGCAUUCAGUUCGGGCAUGUCGUUGCCACUGGGUCUUUUUGGUACUGUCCUUUUGACGUCGUGUUACCAAAGUUUAUUCGACCUUGCCAAGCAGUUCCUGGAUCCAUUCCACAAUGAGAGCUUUUGGAACGGAGACGACGCGCUCAAUGUAGACACGCUGAUUGCAGAGACUAACGCUGGAUCCCUUCGUUGGAUGUUCAGUCUCGACGAAAUGCCAAUUCCUUACCGAUGUUUCAAUCAAGGCGACCUUUCUGCUUUCAUACUGCCAGAUGACGGCUUCAGUACUAAGCAUUUGGAGGCAAAGGCUGCAAUGGAAAGUGAAAAGGCGAAUGAACCUGCGGAAAGCAUAACAUUGUUAACUCCUGAGGAACUGCAGCAAAAAGCUGCGGAGAUCUUGGAAGCUGCGGAAGAGGAGUACGAAGAAACCAAACGGAUUUUGAACGCACCACCAGGCUCGGAUUCAAUUCCAGAACUAGAAGUGGAGGCUGAAAGCGGAGACGCACGUCUGCUUGUCGACAACAAUACGGACGAACUUUUGUCCAUAUUCGAGACAGAGGAGAAAGGCGAGACGAUUGCUAGUGAAAUGUUUGAUAUGUUCACCAACGCCGCGGAGGAAGAAUACAAAGAGCUUACACUUAACGAAUUGGGAGAGGUAUUGACAGUGAGCAUUUUUAAUCGUCAGCGACCGCCCAUUUUGCAAUUGGUUUUUCUUGAUGCCCAUAGCUUCGACCCCACACCUCACGCUCCGGCAGAUGAAUAUCCUUUUAGGAGAUUGGACUUUCUACAGUUAGCUAUCCAUCUUCGACGUCUUUGGUGCCGGGUUCAAAACGGUGUAAGAGAGUCGAGGCAUGGCUACAGCACGAGUAGUAGUUCGCUCGUCGAAACGACGACUGCAUUUGCCGAUGUUUAUUCUAUGGAGCACCAACCGUCGGUCUUUAUGUUAUGUGAUGUCAUCGUGGGUUUUACUAUCUUCAACAUUACGGGAUGCUUUCGUGGCUUCAAUAUUCUCUGGGGACAGCUUUUGUCGGUUACCACUUUUACUUUGACUUUUUUUGUAAACCAGUCUUACGCUCUAUGGAGAAAAUGUUAUGAGCUGAGCCGACGACUACAAGGUCGACUUCAUGAUUUGAAUUUAACUUUGGCCGCCCAUGCCUGUAGAAAAGCACCUGCAAGCCCGAAUGAGCCAUCGACAUACACCCCUGCCGCAAGGCACGUUCUUGAGCUCGUGAGUCGCUACAUUCGUCUAUUCAACUUAUUAACUUACGCUUCCUUUACUCGGUCGCAUCGCCCGAUCUUGACACCCCGGGGCAUGCGCCGUCUGGUUGAACGAGGCUUAAUGACUGCAGAGGAGCGCGAAAUCUUAGUAGAUGCUGAGCUUCCCGCUACACAAAGACAUAACGCAAUCCUUUUAUGGAUAGCACGGACUUUUGUGGAAGGACGUGAAGCAGGCCAUUUUCAGGGAGGCGCAGGUUUUGAAGAGCAGUUUUUGGAAAAAAUACAUGUAUGCCGCGCUCAGUACGGCGCUAUUGGUGACGAGCUUCAAGGCCGGAUGCCACUUGCUUACGCGCAUAUUGUACAAGUUUUGGUCGACUUGGUUCUCUGGAUGUAUCCUUUAAUGGCAAUUUCGUCGAACAUGUCUCCAAUGCUUGCGGUGCUUGGUACAGGGUUACUAACAGUUUCGUACCAAGGCUUAUUUGAUUUGGCGAAACAGUUUUUGGAUCCUUACGACAAUGAAUCCUACGGGAAAGGUGAAGACCCAUUGGUCGUUGACACUCUAAUUGCAGAAACAAAUGCAGGUUCGAUUCGAUGGAUGCAUGGCCUGGAACAAAUGCCAGUUUCGUCUCAACGCAUCAAGGACGGCGAGUUAUCUGAUUAUUUGCUCCCUGUGCGUGGGUACACAGUAGAAGAGCUCGAGCAAUUCGAACAAGAACGUUUGCAGAAAGAAAGAGAAAUUCAAAAAAAGCGUGACAAACAGGAGGCGACACGAAGAAAAGAAGAGGCGGAAGCGCAAAGGAUACGACGAGCUGCUGACGCCAUUUUACCGGCGCAAAUUACUGUGAGUAGCUCUUGUACUGACUUGGCGGACUCUUCUAUAGUCGUUGGACCACAAUUUUCUUGCCCCGGAAUCUUGGGACAUUCCAACAUUCUGGUUGCAUCCGAGGUAUCUCGCUCUCUUUACAAUCUGACAUCAGUUGUAAGCGAUCGGGAUCCUUCACUAGUCCCAGAGGGCAUUCCGAUUUCAAGACCGCAUGUUCUGUCUACUCAAUCACCGAUAAAAAAUUUCGGAAAUGAUACCCAGGUUUUUGUGAAUGGAGAUGGUUCUUCGGAGUACACAGUUUCAGGCGAGUUGGGCGACUACACAAUCGAUCGCGACAGCAGUCUUGACUUUGAAGAGGACGAAGAUGAGAUUUUCGCUUCGCUCCUGGACUGGGAUAGUAGCGAUGGAUACGUACAUGCUUUCGACUCAUCUGAUCCAUAUAAGGACCUUCCUUGGCACGACGAAUUGACUCCGGAUGGAAAGGAAAUUCGACUUAGCCAAAUGCUCGCCGACGAAGUUUGGGAAGAAGAACUAGAAGCUGGAAGGGAGAUGGAGCGGCUAAUUCGAAGCCAAAAGGACAACGAAGUGAAUAUAGGAAAAAUCAAUGGAGCCACUGUAAACGAGCUCAUCGAAACAAGAGAUAUUUUAAUGGCAUCACCUGGCGCAGACAUCUAUGCGCCUCCAGCGAAAGAAAAUUCAUCAUCUGAUGCAGUGUAUGAUCAGACGAAAUUGGACGGAAUAUCUCAGUUGUGGGGGCUCCCAGCGGACGAAAUACCAGAGAUUCCGGGCUAUCAAGAAACUUCAAUCUCGCAGAACGAGAGCCAAUUUGAAGACGUGGCCCAGCUUUGGGGAUCAGUUCUUACCCGAAGCUCUCCAUCUAGUCUUGAUACGGUCGAGGACGAACAAUCCUUUUAUGAAGUGUCGCAGCUAUGGGGCGAUUCAAUAGCGGAGUCUCCGCAGGAUAGACCGAAGUUUGAGACGCAAAAGGCGACUUCUUUUGGAACCCAACGGGGAUCCAGGUCUCAACGUAUAUCACAAGAACCGGGGUAUCCAUUUCGCGCAGAGCGUUCGAUCGACGGCAAAGAGCUUCGGCUUAGCCAGAUUCUGGCCGACGAAACGUAUGUAGAGGAUUUCGAACCAGAUGAAAUCGAGACCACAACUCUCCCUGUUAGCUACGAAGAAUAUACAAAGCAGGUUGCUGAAAUUUUGGUAGCGGAACAAGAAGAACUGUUAGAGACAGCUGCUAUCUUAAAUGCGCCCCCCGCGGCGGAUACUGUGGACCUUGGGGAUGGUGAUGGCACAUCACACAUCAAAGCCGCCAACGCAACAGACUAUGACGAAUUAGCAGUGCUAGAAAUGGACGAGUCGACUAGCAGCCUUCCUUUAAAUUCCACUGAAGCCAUUGCAAGCUCAGCAAGCGGCGGGCUUAAAGAUGUCAACGACGACGUCCUACUUUUUGGAGAAGUUGAGACUAUGAACUUUGAGCAGCCGAGCCAACCCUCGGAAAUAGAUGCAUCAGAAACUCAACUAGAAGACAAGAAGGAAGGAGACACAUAGAGAGGUAGAAUGUACUGCGAUGAAUUUUAAAUGCUCUUAGGAUUUCGCCAUGCC